ACUCGAUAUUUCGGUAUGUGCGAUUUCUCCCAGUACGGGGCACCCAGCGAAGAAUGGCUCGCCAUCGAAGCCACUCAGCCGGCUGCUGGCCCAGAUCCCGGGAUCGCCGAACUCAGGCGCAUAACGAACGCGGGCCGCGACAAGAUCUCUCAGACUGAGAUGGUGGAUAUGUUAGACCAAAUCGACAUGCAGGACUAUUCUAUUCCGACCCGUGACAACCAGCAUCUUGAGGCCCGAACAUAUCGCCCUUCGGCGUCAGAGUCCAGACAUGAUCCUUUACCAACCUACAUGCACCUGCAUGGUGGCGGGUUUCUUUUCGGCACCCUGCAGUCCGAAGAUGCCAUCUGCUCCCGCAUCGCGCUGACCACAGGUGUCAUGGUCUUGAACGUCAACUACCGCCACACGCCCGAGCACGUCUAUCCAACGGCAUGGCACGACGGUGAGGAUGCGCUGAUAUGGCUAUGUUCCAACGCCGACAGUAUCGGUGGCGAUCUGCAUCGUCUCGUUCUCGGCGGCGUGUCGGCGGGCGCUUACAUCACCGCAGCACUAGUACAGACGGUACUUAGAGGCGAGUUAGCACCAGAAGUCCCGGAGACGCUCAAGAUCUUAGGUCAGGUGCUGAUGAUCCCUUGCUUGGUAUUCAGUGCCUGCUAUGAUUCGCAGCUCGCGCAACUGAAGGAUCUCAGUGUGUCCUCUUACGCGCAGGCGGCCAACGCUCCGAUUCUCAAUAUGGAGCGCAAGACGCUGUUCAACAGCCUGCUCCAAGUGACGGCCCCGGACCCGAAUGAUAGACGACUAAACCCGGCGAACGCGACUGCCGAAGAGGUGAAGCGUCUGCCGCCGACCACGCUUGGUAUUGCUGGCAACGACCCCCUUCGAGAGGAAGGUUUGCUUUAUGGCAAGAAGCUAUCUAAGCAUGGAGUACCGACAAAUAUCAAUGUCUUCAAGGGACUACCACAUGGCUUUCGACGAUAUGGUAAGCUUCUUUCGGCCUCGGCACAUUGGGACAAUACCGUCAACGAAGGGAUCAGAUGGGCUUUGAGCCACCCGGCUGCAACAAACGAGUUCAGUAUCCGUGUGUUCUAGGGAUGAAGCUGUCACAGUGCGAACCCAUCACAAUUAGUCAGAAACAAACAAGUGGGUACGAAGUGCUAGUAUUCAACUCUUUUCGUAAAGGAUUUCUACAUGAGAUUUUUGGUGGUGAACGUACGAGCAAGAUAAAAACUCUAGAUCGAGAAAGUGACAAAAGGAACAAAGGCGAUAUCUUAGCAGGACCUGGAUGCCCUUUUUCAUGUCCAUACAUUCUGUCUUUUCCGCUGACAAGAUCCUGUAUAAGCAAUCCUGAGACAUACAGAUCUUUGAACUCUG